UCUCUCUCUCUCUCAUUGGCUACGUUCAACACACGCACAUGUUGUUUGGUAAUUCCCAUGCAUCUAUAAAACAGCAUAAUCUUCAACCUGAGCUGUCAAUUUCUGAGCUGCAUUCAUUCCUGAAGAACAAUCACACAAAAUCCAACUAUUGGCCUGCAAUCAUGAAGUGUCUCGCUCUGGCUUUGCUCCUGUGUGCUCAGCUGUCUCUUCUCCAUGGGGCCUGCUUAAAGUUCAUGCAGGAAUCAGAUGCAACAGAGUGUGUGGACCCUAGGGACGGUACCAGGCAUCCCAUUGGCUCAUGGUGGAGAAACUCAGAGUGCCAGGACUGCGACUGCAAUGGGUGCUGUGAUGCUGAGUUUAUCAAACCCACUUCCUAUGAGGAAGGCUGCAUAAUGGAGUUUGACAAGAAAAAUUGUGAAUACAAGGUGUUCAAGAAGGAAGACCCCACAUACUCAUGCAAAAUUUAUGAGGCAGUUGGAAAAUGAAGUAAUGAAGUGAUCAAAUAGCUAAAAUAAAGCUUUCUCUUCUGUAUUAAGAA